AGGGUUCCGCUGCGUUCAAGAGAGUUUUCUCCCUUGAUCUUUCGCUCAUGACUGAUUGGCUGACCGUGAAACAAUGUCGAAUAUGAAUUAAUCGUCUGCCUCGAGUGUCAGCCGGAUAUAACGUGUGUAUCCGAAAUUUCCUCUCGGCUCAUUUCAGUAAUGAUUCUGUCUUUGACCGUAGCCUGCAUUUUCGUGGGAGUUUCUCCAGCUGCAGUCGAUGCCCAUGAUGAGCACUGGGAGCUGUUCAAGCGCCAACACAACAAGACUUACCUCCAGAAACAAGAUGUAGGUCGACGAGCGAUCUUUGAGGCAAACAUCAAGAAAAUUAACGCGCAUAACUUGCUGUACGACCUCGGACGCUCAUCCUACCGUCUCGGUUUGAAUGGAUUCGCCGACAUGACCCCGGAUGAAUUUGAAAAGUAUCGGGGCACUCGUUUCGAGGCGAACGAGGCUCGUGUUUCGAAACUCCAGCAUCGAGAUAAUCGCUCAAUGCACGUUCCUGAUACCGUGGACUGGCGAACUGAGGGUUACGUAACACCGGUCAAAAAUCAAGGAGUUUGCGGCUCUUGUUGGGCGUUCUCAACGACCGGAGCCCUCGAAGGCCAGCAUUUUAGGAGAUCCGGUGAUCUCGUGUCACUCUCCGAGCAAAUGCUCGUCGACUGUUCUGCUGUUUACGGAAACGCUGGAUGCAACGGAGGCUUAAUGGACAACGCAUUCAGGUUCAUCAAAGACGCCGGCGGUUUGGAGACCGAAAAAUCGUAUCCGUACACAGGCAAGGAUGGUACGUGCCAUUUCGACGCCAGAGGAAUCGGUGCGAAGCUCACGGGAUUUGUGGACGUACCGUCCAGAGACGAGGAAGCUCUGAAAGAAGCUGCUGGAGUUGUCGGGCCCGUUUCCGUAGCCAUCGACGCCAGCGGGCAGAAUUUCCAGUUUUACAAGGAUGGAGUUUACGAUGAAAUCACAUGCUCCUCAACAUCAUUGGACCACGGAGUUCUGGUUGUGGGUUAUGGAACAACGAGGGACGGAAAGGAUUAUUGGCUCGUUAAAAAUUCCUGGGGAUCGUCUUGGGGCCAAUCGGGAUACAUUCAGAUGAGCCGAAACAAGGAAAACCAAUGCGGCAUCGCGACUAUGGCCUCGUACCCCACAGUCUGAAUGAGCAGAAGCGAAAAAUAAAAAUGCUCUCUGAGA